AUGGCGCUGGAGGUGGAGGAGCUGGUGGAGAAAUUGGUGGUUGAGGUUGCGCUCACGGGCACUUAUGGCUUCAAGACGCAUCAUCUCGCAGAAAGGAUUCGAACGCUGAACCGGAUAUACAGGAAUACUGCUACUACUCCCAAUGACAAUUCUACGCGUACCGACAAUGGCAACGUUGAGCUUGACGCUGCUUCGCUGGACGAUGUGUGGCAGCGACUAGAAACACAUGAUGACAUAGACUCCAAGAUAAGUCGACGUCGACAGGAGCAAGAGGUUGCCGUGGCUACGGAGCCUUCUACCGGUGAUGCUGAUCGACCUGUUGAACCAAGCCCGGCCACAAGUAAGAAUGGACCUGCUAGGCCGAAUCGCAUAUUUGCCACUGAGAAACGCAUGUGGCUUGAGCUCACCGGCCAUGCGGUUGACAAACAGCGCGUUCCUCUGUUCGAGUUUGAAAGUCUUUCUGUUGUUGGAGCUUUCGGUGCUGCUGGCGUCCAGCAAGGUCGUGUCAGAGAUAUUACAGGCCAACAGAAGCAAUCAUUACCAGCACGAACCGACUCUCUUGCGCGCAAGGGCCUUCUUCUCAAGACGCCGAUAUGCGUUUUCCAUACUGAAUCAAGCUUGCUUCGGUUGACCAGGCUAGUCAACGCCACCGAGAAUGACAGCUUCAGCGAUGCGAAACGACCGGUCACAUGUUUCGACAACAGGGAUAGACUAGUGGCAGACGUUGCAGCACUCGUUGAGCAAGCAGUGCCUUUGCUCAAGCAACAGCCCGGUCACAUCAUGGCGCUUAGAGACUUGGGCCACGCAUUCGGCUUUUAUCAAAACAACUUCGAUGGGACGACGGUCUUACUGCGAGCGAUGCGUCGUAUUGUGGACGCCGGUUGUGUGCAAAGAGUUGUAGCCAAGGUGGCAUCGGGUCAAGGCUCAGAUGAUGAGGGCGAAGGCUCCAUCCGUUGUGUUCAGCUGCUACGCGAGCUCUCGUCAGACGAGAAGUCAUUGCUUCUGAACCCACGACUGAACGCCACCGUCAAGCCGAGGAAGCCUCGCAAUCAUCGUCGAGUGAUCUACGAUGAGCUUGAUGAGAGUGAAGAGGAGCCUGCCAGCGGUUCCGGCUCGGAUGAGGAAGAACUGCAUGUGUCUAUCGAGCACACACCACAGCGAAAGCGUUUGAGGCAGCCACACUACAAAAGAUCGGCAUUGCCGCAGGACACGCCCUCAAAACCACAUCAGCAUACUCUGACGGAGUCUCGAAAGGUCGCGCGACCAACAACGCACUUUGCGCCGUCUAUGCCAUUGGCAUCACUUUUGGUUCGCUACAUCAAGACAGCCGGACAGGGUGGUAUUACGAUUUCAGACCUGCGGCUGAAGAUAUCUGCAGCCGUGUCAGAUCGUGCGAUUGAGCAGACUCUGGCCGUCUUGGUUGAUCAGACGAGUAGUACUCACAAGCAAACCGUCCACGUCAUGGAUACGACACAUUCUACGGAUAAUGUGCCACGCUACCGUAUCUACAUUGCCGAGCAGGACGGUCGACCAAACAUAAAAGACGUCGGUCAAGCUACAACGAACCCAACAAGGACACUUGACCGUUGGGGCUUCACUGAGCCUGAAAGCGAGCGAUUUGUUCAUGGUCACGGUGGUGCGACACUGAGUGAAUGCAGACCUGCCACGACUGGUAGUGAUGCCGCGGUCAUCAAUAGGUGCGUUCCGCAAUCGUUCUUGGAAGGAGCGGACACAACAGCAGAUGAUACACCUGUGCCUGAUGUCAGCCAGCCACGUACUCCUAAGGCUAUCGUCCGUCCUCGCAUGACAUCUCAAAAAGAUCAGGAAGCAUUCGAGCUUUGGGCAGCGAGAACGGCAAAAGGCCUUGCAAGGCUGAGUGCAGCCAAAGAAUCACCACUAUCGGCCAAGAGUAGAGAAAAUGGAGUCGUUACCAAUUCGUACCACACUUUGGCUUCGGAAAUCCCGGAAACAGCGAUAGCAGAGCAUAUCACAGAGAUCGAAGCAGAUCUGCUGUCCAGGUCUCGUUCAGGACUAUACAUCAAUCCUCCAGGUGCCAAGGAAACAAAAGCACAAUUCUAUGUGCAACGUGGCCGGCCAAGGUUAGCAAUGAUCGCUGUCCUGAAGAGUGAGAGGCUCAAAAGCAAGACCUGGUUCCUAGACGACUUCGCUGUAGGGACCGCUCCUUCUGCCACGGGACGCCGCACUCGUCGUCUAAUCGACCUAUCUACAGCCAUAGCCGUCGAGGACAACGAGAAGCCGACCGAGGUGCUUGAGGACGGCCACGACAUCGAUCAAAGUCAGCAGUUGGACAAUCCCGGGAGUACCGAAAUCGCUACUGAAGCAGUGGCUGCUCAGCCGCCUGUCGUCGCAGCGCGACCGCAGUCGCAUGCAACAAUCGAUAAGUCUAGCCUUCCCAACCAAGUCGACGUUGGAUCCACUGAGACCACUGUUGUCACCGUCCCGACUUCGCCUAAGCAGUCGGUGGGAGCCAACGAAACCGAUAGCACUACUUACAGUAAGGAUUAUGUCUUGGCACAUCCUGGUGAAGCUUUUCACCACGUUGGUGAUGCCUUUUACAAGCGUGGACCGCGUCGGAAGAAGCGGGAGACGCAGAUCGCUGGCCACAGUGCAGAACAUAGCGCAGCUGAGCAAGCUGGACUAGCGAACGGCAACAAAGAAGUCAUGGCUCCUUCGCUCCUGGGUGCUCGGGAAAUCGAGGCACCCGUUCACGAUCAGGUGAUGUCUCCGACUCACUCCCCAACUCUUUUGGACACGACCGCGCUUUUUGACAAGGCGUACGUCGUGGCACAUUCAGACGAGUCUUUCUAUCACACGGGUAAGGGACGAUGGAGGCGAGGUGUAAGAGUGUCCAAGGCGACGAUAGAAGAUGCUGUGUCAUCGGUCCAUGACCCUACAAGUGUUGGGAUCUUGCCCACAGCGUCACGCAGCCAUCAUGAUACCUCAGGUCUCCAGCGUCCGCAACAACUGCCGAUGCCAGUUGAAUGCCCAGUGCCCCCAUCUCAAGCUGAGACAGUCCCGUCGACGGAUCCACCAGCGCUCUCCCAGUUCACAGCAACAUUCGACAAAGCCUAUGUCAUAACGCACAAAGACGAGUCUUUUUACCAUACUGGUCGUGGGCGCUGGAGAAGAGGCGACAGGCCAUCCAAGACGACGCCUCGAGAGCGGAUACGUCGUAACUUGUCUGCAAAUCCACCUCCGGCAGCUGCUCCGGGAAUUGAAGAUAGUUUGCCAGCAAAUGACCAGCCUCAGAUAAAGGAUGUUCCGGCCGCGGGACCUGGUCCCUAUGGUACUGUAGACCUUGAGACUCUGGCACAAGCAUCACUGCCGGUGAUAGCGCCAGUGGAUACCUCACAAGGUGAAUUUUUUUCGACUUCCGACUCGCCGAUGCCCAACCAAACAACAGCGAUUUUUGACAAGGCAUACGUCAUGGCACAUCCUGAAGAGACCUUCUAUCAUGUUGGUAAUGCUCGAUAUAGAUGGGGCGCCCGGACACCCAAGGUCACUGUUCGAAAUGCGAGCCUACGAAGCCCACCCGCAUCUCCUCCUCCUACUUCUUCUUCUUCUUCGCCGUUGGAAAAGUCCUUGAUAUCGGAAGCCCCUGACAUACAACAGGAGACGUUGAAGAGGCAGGAGCAGUCUACUGUGGGGAGUCUGAUGGCAGCCGGACCUAGUGCUCAAGAACCAAUAUCUGUGCGGCCCGUCGAAGCUAUACUACCUGACGUGCAAGAGACUAGAGCCUCUACUAAGAUCCAAAAGCGAAAGUGCUCAACGCUGGCGUUUGACGUGCUGACAACGCCUGUUGGAGGGAGUGGCAUGCCAGCUCGACGGACAGAUCUGGUUAUGCACUUCGUCACUGUCUGUGGAGGAGUCUAUCCUGGUAAUAAGGAGAUCUGGUAUCCAGUCGCUGCUGCGUGGAAGAACAUCACACAGACCACUCCGCAGCGCAGUAUUGUCGAUCGUACCGUCAAGAGCUUGCUGGAUACUGGCAAACUGCGAAAGGUGACGUUCAGUUUUAGAAGCAAGACUGGCACGAAUGAGAUGUGCGCAGUCUUGACACUGCCGGAUAUUGAGCCAAGCUCCAAGGUGGUGAACGAGAUGAAGCAAGCCGUUAUAAAUGCAUAUCCAGAGCUUCACUUUCCUGAUGAGGCCGCCGUAUCGGAUGAGCAUGUAUCCCUCGCUCGCGAGAAGCCAAAGCAGCGCAGAAGGGAAGUUGCAAAGUCUAUACCUGAUCUUGCAACAGCUAGCAGUCAGCCUGCUGCCGAACUGCACACAGAAGUAAAGACUGCUGCUAGUGUGGUAUCCAGCGUUGAGACUAGCAUGCCUUCUGUGAGAGCAGCCGUACUCCCGUCACCGGCCAUCAGACCACCUGGCGAUGGCUUGCAAGCACCUGUGGUAUCAUCUCUCGCAAUACUACCAAGUGUGGUCCAAGCCAUCGGUGCGCGGCCGGACAAUACAGCACCUAGCAUGCCACAGUCGUUCAGUCCACAAGUCCGACGUCAAAUUGCUACCUCUGAAAACCCAUGUCCAAGUACACCAGCAUCAGAUCUGCCGACACUUGAGCCUUUCUCAACCAAGCUUGCAGCAGAUCUCCUUCCAGGUCAUUCCGGGCUCAUGGGUAGCGCACCUGCCAUAGAUGAUCUAGAGGACUUUGCCAUCAUACCUGGUCUGAUAGUCCACCGCACUGAGCAAGGCUUGAAGCUGCCAGCUUUCGACCUCGCACCAGACCGACCACAGGGCCAUAGGAGAUCUCGAAAGCGGAAGACUAUGCGGAAGCAUAUACUAGAGAAAGAGGACGAAGAAGCGGCAUCAGACAUGCAAGCUACGCCAGAUAAGAGACGGAUCGUCCGUGCUCCUGCACAGCGGACUCUACGUGAACGUGACGGCCGGGCACAGACGUUGUUCGUCGUCCUCAGCCUGCCGCCUUCGAUACUGAACAUUAUCGAAUCCGGUGUUAUAAACAGUGAAUGGCUUCGUCUCGCACCUGGCGAAAGUGUUCAUGAAGCAUCUGGCACUUUCGGUACGAGGAGUUAUUGGCCACCAUCUAUCAUAGCUCCUGCCACGGCUGUUCGGAAGCGAAAAAGGCAUCUCCCCAACGCUGACAUCCUUUAUCAACCGCGCGAGGACGAGCCUGAUGAACAGUCUACUGCUGUUUCUCUGACAUCGCAGACAUAUGACAAGGACUACGUGCUGGCAUAUCGGGAAGUGAAGUUCAAGCACGUUGGCAAUGGACGUUACAGGAGAUUGACGACCAGCUCCACGGACGAGCUGUUUCAUCUGGAUGAGAAGGAUAUGGUUUAUCAUGAAGACCACGUGGAAAAGUAUACUGACGAGUCAUUGGGACAUGUCGGUCACAGCAAGUACAGGAAGAACGACUUGGGCCAGCGCAUCCGCCGUGUCAGUGCAGCGGAACUGGUCGACUACAGCAUGCCGUCAGCAGAACCGCUAUCGUUUUCGCAGCAGACCGCAGUACCACAGCAGGAUUGGCUCAGCGACGCGAUAAGACAAGCCGAGUCGCGGUCCACGGCCCCCGCAACUACUUUCCUCGCACCUAAGUUCAUCCCAGCGCAGCCUCCAUCAGUCGUACCGGCUACGGUACAAGAUAGUCCAGUGUCUCCUGCUAUUGAGCUGCCGCAGACCUCUCGGGCAGGAAGGCCUCUAUACAAGUCUCGCAAACGUGUAGCCGAUGCAGAUCUGGUGGAAAUCGACAGCUAUGUUCACGAAGACGUAGAUUAUGGAUCUCCACGCAAGAAGCAGAAGACUGUGCAGGAGGACGGUGCAGUGUUCACUGCACCAGAUCUCGACGACCUGGUUGUCGCCCUGGCGCUUGUGAAGACUCUUUGCUCUGGUCUUGAUCAGAAGACCAUUCCAUGGGACGUGGUUUCGCAUGCCCUUGACUUUUGUUACGAUGCCACAGUUCUUAAGGCGAGUUGGCAAAACCAGAAGAAGGCGCGAGCCGAUGAUGUUCAGUCGCUGCAGAAUGUUCUUCGAGAUCUGUUGCUCGCCGCGUACGAAAAAGACACAGUCCCUCAAAUCGACUUUCAGAAUCUGUCGUCGACCGACUGGCCAGCUCUGAUUAGAUGGGUUAAGAAAGAGGUCAAGCCCUCAUCUGCAAGACGAACGGAUCGUUCAGUGUCCAGAGACACACUCAGCUUUGAUCUACCGGCUACAUCAGACGUCAUGCAGGCUCGCUUCGAGGUGCAAGCACCAUCGACACACCAUGGACCUGAUGUUGAACACUACCAUGACUCUGCAACCGACAUACAAAGGACAGUCACAGCUCUGCGUAUAGCACAUGGUACGAGUGUACCACGAAGGCCCGAAAAGUGCCCAUCUGUGAGUCCGCUGUCGAUUCUGAAAACAUUGUGUCGUGCUGUAAGCGCUACUCCUGAAGUUGCAUACGAUGGAAGAGCGGCGAAUCUGAAACUUGGAAUGUACCCGGAACAUCUGAUGAAGCAGGCGAUAGACGAACUGCUGACAGAUCAGAUCCUUUGCGCAGAGAAGAAAGGCCGUCAGCUACCUGGUCGCAACUUCCACUUAGACAGAUCAGUCUACAAACAGUUAACAAGAUGGUCCGGGAAUGAUACUACUUACCUACGGAACGUGGCUGCAGCUCGUCAUCGCAUCAUGUCUACACUAGCACAACAGGAUACCCUGCAGCUCACCUACCAUACCGACGAUUUCGACGUAGUAGUCUUGACCAACAUGGUCGCGCAGGGCCAGCUGAAAGUUGCGUCAGUCCUGCCUCCCAUCAACAACGACCUCGAUGCUCCAUUCCCUCGGAUCAGCAUUUGGGGUAUCGACGAGCCCAGUACGAUGUACAACUCGCAUGCCACGAAGCCGGAACGAUUACGUUUCCCUAUCGAGUACCAUAAGACGCCCGCAUUCACUUUCGAGCACCGUUUGAAAGGCGCAACGAUACCUUUGCAACCUGCAACGACAUCACAAGGCCCAGAUGCACGUCUACCGCUCUGGGUAGACAUCCACGGUAACUUGAUCGACAGCCUCUGGGAUGCGGUCCUGAGAUCUGUCCUCCACCUUAUCGUCUUCAGGUCAGGUACAACAGCUAAAGCAAUGGAGAAGGCGCACAGUGGGAAGCUCGGGGCUUGGGAGAUUGAGCUGGUGUUGCAGUGGAUGGAGAAGACGGGUUUGGCCGUCAGUUUUGGGCCUGGGAACGAGGAGAACGGGAUCUGGCAGGGUGGGUGGAGAGCAGGGGAUUGGUGGUAUUGUGCUUUCGCUGCUGAGAUUGCGGUUUGGCAGGCGCCUAAUGGUGUAUGA